AUAAGCAUUUGCACUUUGACACUACCAUUUAAUGAUUCACUGGGGAGGAGAAUGAGACCUUUGCCAGGAGAAAAUGGCAUCCCAGAUCUAGGAAGAGAUUGUCCUGUUUUUGAAAGCUGUGGCAGGAGGGUUUGGCCAACUUCCUUUGUAGUCUGAACCAGAAAUGGGUAUUGAAAAGCAACCAUUCCACGUAGAGCCUACAAACAUAGUUAGCGUGAAUGAUGACACACACAGAGUCACUGAUGAAGCUUCAGCAAUGAAUAAGAGGAUUCAUUACUACAGCAGGCUUGCCUCUCCUGCACACAGGGCUCUGAUUGCUCCUGAUCAUGUACUUCCAGCACCUGAUGAGAUAUAUGUGUACAGUCCAUUAGGAACUGCAUUUAAAAUUGACAGUUGCACAGAUGGCCAUGGUAAAAACUCCAGUAUAGUGACAAUAUUUAUGAUAUGGAAUACAAUGAUGGGUACAUCUAUAUUAAGUAUCCCAUGGGGAAUAAAACAGGCCGGCUUUACUUCUGGAAUCAUUCUCAUCUUACUGAUGGGCGUUUUGACACUUUAUUGCUGUUACAGAGUUGUGAAAUCACGGAAAAUGAUACCUUUAAUAGAUACUUCUCAUUGGGAAUUUCCAGAUGUUUGCAAGUAUUAUUUUGGAUCCUUUGGUCAAUGGUCAAGCUUCUUGUUUUCUAUGGUGUCACUUGUUGGAGCCAUGGUAGUUUACUGGGUGCUGAUGUCUAACUUUCUGUUCAACACAGGAAAGUUUAUAUAUAACUUUGUUCAUAAUAUUAAUGUAACAGAUAUUGUUCCUGGCACUAAUGAAAGUAACAAAGUUAUUUGUCCGGGUGCUGCUAAGGAUUAUCCACCUCAAAACGGGAGUGUGACACUCUUUUCUGGCAACAGUACCAGUUUUGAGCUCUUCGAGGAGUGGUGGGACAAGUCACGAACAGUGCCGUUUUACCUGAUUGCUGCUCUUCUGCCCCUGCUAAAUCUGAAGUCUCCAUCAUUCUUUGCAAAAUUUAAUGUUCUAGGUACGAUUUCAGUUGUCUACUUAGUUUUUCUUGUCACUGUGAAGGCUGCUCGUCUUGGGAUUCACUUAGAAUUCAACUGGUUUACAGAGAACGAAUUUUUUGUACCAGAGUUUAGAAUUCUGUUUCCUCAGCUCACAGGUGUUUUGACACUUGCCUUCUUCAUCCACAAUUGUAUCAUCACCCUUCUUCAGAAUAACAGGAAUCAAGAAAACAAUGUGAGAGACCUCUCUGUUGCUUAUUUCCUGGUGGGAUUAACGUAUCUGUAUGUUGGCAUGAUCAUUUUUGCAUCUUUUCCUUCCCCGCCAUUAUCCAAAGAAUGUAUAGAACAGAAUUUUCUAGAUAAUUUUCCCAGUGAUGACAUCAUGUCAUUUGUUGCAAGAAUAUCUGUUCCAGAUGAUGACUGUGUACCCACUGUUGGGCUAUCUGGCACGAGUGCAACUACUGGGACAAGUUUUUGGAAAUGUUUACCCAAGUGUUUUCCGUGUGCUGGUCCUGAGCAUAGCAAUUGUAGGAGCUGGAGUAGCAAUGGCAAGAUUUUAUCCAAAUAUAGGAGGUAUCAUAAGAUACUCGGGAGCAACAUGUGGUCUGGCCUUUGUGUUUGUGUAUCCAUCCCUCAUCUACAUGAUCUCCCUGCACCGUGCUGGGCAGCUGACGUGGCCAGCAUUGAUCAUUCACAUCUUUAUAAUCCUCCUUGGACUGGCUAAUCUGAUUGCACAAUUCCUAUUGUGAAAACUCCCCCCUCUCCCCAUGGCUGCCACCAGUGGUACUGGGACAUUUGGCAACAGCCUUGAGCAA